AUGCAGGAUUUUAUACUUGAAGAAAUCAUGCCUGAUGCUAACAAUAUUGACCUCGCUGACAACAAUCAUGAGGGGACAAAUCCAGACAUAGAGCAGCCUAGAAAUGACUUUUGGGAUCAUAUCACCCUGGAAACUGAAGAGCCAAUGAUGGCUCCUAUUGAGCACAACCCUGAUGUGCAGAAGAUGGAAAGAUUAGAUCAAGAAGAAAAGGUCCUAAUCCAGACUCAAACUCAUUUUUUAGUUCCGGAGACACCUUUCCUGGAAUAUGAAAACAAUAAGGCAAUCUCCUAUCCGAACAAUGAGGCAGCGUUCUAUCCAAACAGUGGGGCAGACUCCUAUCCUAACAAUGCGGAGAAUCAUCAUGAAACACAGCCUAGCAAGCGGAGGAAAAGGAAGUCCACGGUUUGGGAGCAUUUCACCAUAGAAAUUGUGAGUGAUGAUUGUAGAAGAGCAUACUGCAACCAAUGCAAGCGAAGCUAUGCUUAUAGUAAAGGCUCAAAAGUAUCAGGCACCAGCCACCUUAGGCGCCAUGUUGAGAAGGGGUCAUGUGCUGCACUUCUCCGUAGCCAAUACAAUAACCAAUCUGAACCAUCAUCUUCAAAGGUAGCUACUAAUUCAUUAAAGCGUCGUUACAAACGAGCUUCUAGCACACCACAAUUCGUAUUUGAUCAAAACCACUGCCGCAAUGACAUUGCCAGAAUGACCAUCAUGCAUGAAUAUCCACUGCAUAUGGUUGAACAUCCUGGUUUUGUUUCUUUUGUAAAAAAUCUUCAGCCUGAGUUUAACUCCAACAUAAUGACCUUUAAUACUGUGCAAGGAGAUUGCAUUGCAACAUAUCAGAUGGAAAAGCAAAGCCUUAGAAAAUUUAUUCAGGGUAUAGCUGGUCAUGUCUGCCUUUCUUUGGACGUGUGGACUUCCUCUCCAGGGUUGGGAUAUGUGUUUGUUACAGGACACUUCAUCGAUGCUGACUGGAAACUGCAUAGGCGGCUGCUCAAUGUUGUGAUGGAACCGUAUCCUGACUCGGACACUGCGCUUAGCCAUGCUCUUAAGUUGUGCCUUCAUAAUUGGAGUUUGGAGAACAAGUUAUUUUCCGUCACCUAUAAUGAUCGGUCAUUUAUGAUGAGUGAAUCUGUUUUUGAAAGUCUAAAGCUUCAUCUUCCUUCCGGUGGUCAACUAUUGUCUGGCAACUGCCUCGCACGCACUCUUAGCAGCAUUGCAAAAGAAGUACUGGUGAAUUCCCAUGAUACAGUCAAGAAAAUCCGGGAGAGCAUCAAGUACGUGACGACUUCAGAGCCCCUUGAGGAAGAGUUUAUUGAGCUUAAGAAACAGCUUCAUGUCCCAAGUGAAAGGAACAUAUUUCUUGAUGAUCAAGCUCAAUGGAAUACCACAUAUCAAAUGUUGGUGGCCGCUAAUGAAUUGAAGCAAGUUUUUUCAUGCUUGGAUACAUAUGAUGCCGAAUUUGACAUACAAGCCCCCUCAAUGGAAGAUUGGAAGCAAGUUGAGACUCUCUGUGUACAGUUGAAGUCGAUUUUUGAUACAGCAUACAUCCUGGCUACUACAAAAAACCCAACUGCAAAUCUCUUCUUCCCUAAAAUUUGGAGGAUUCAUGGAGACCUGUCUGCUGGUAUCAACAAUGAGGAUCCCUUCGUUAGUUACCUUUCUCGAACAAUGCUAGAAAAAAUUAAUACGUACUGGAAGCAUUGUAGCCUGACUUUGGCUGUAGCAGUGGUCAUGGAUCCGAGGUACAAGAUGAGGUACGUUGAGUUCACUUUCACAACAUUUUAUAGCGAAGAAGAAGCUGCAACAUGUAUCAAAAUGGUUGAUGAUCGAAUUCACGAGCUCUUUCAGGAAUACUCUACAAUGUCUUUGCCUCUGGCACCAAAUUAUGCAGAAGAAUUUGAUGUCUACAUCAUGGAGAAUUUAAAGACAGAACUGGAUCAGUAUUUGGCAGAGCUUCCAAUUCGAGUCCAUGACUUUGAUGUCCUAGGCUGGUGGAAACUAAACCAGAUGAUGUACCCAACUCUUUCGCAGAUGGCUCGCGACAUUUUAUCCUUUCCAGUAUCUACAGUUCCUUGUGACUCAGUGUUCGAUACCAAUGCAAAAGAGAUGGAUCAGUACAGAAGUUCCUUGCAAGCAGAGACAGUGGAAGCUCUAGUAUGUGCAAAAGAUUGGAUGCAGUAUGGAAGUUCUUUAUGA